UUUUCGUUUAGCACAGUUUGUACACCUGCUUACAGUCUCUGAAGUACAUAGGGAACAGUGUGUGUAUAUUUCUACAUUUUUAGACAAAUAAUUUACUAAAACAAAGAAUAUAAUUAAAGAAGUAGUGUAUGUUGUGUUGAUGUGAUCGAUUACCGAUAUUAUUCAUCGUUUACAGUACAGAAAAGUGAAUAUUGAGCCACACAUGAAGCACAAAAGACCGUUAGUUACAUAAAAUCAGGAAACUGGUGCGGGACCCAUUGAGAAGCUGAAUAUUUAUAGGGAAAUAAUAAACACAUUAUCAAUCGUCGUUUUUUUCCAGUACAAAGACGAUUUGCUUAUCUUUAUAAGCUUUAAAAACAAUUAACAUAUGAAUAUGAAGUAGGAAAAAUUAUCUAUAACAGGAAGAACCAUGAAAAUUGACAGAACUCGCGUACGUAAAAGUACAUCAGAAGUCCCCCUAGAAUGCCAACAACUCAUUGAGAGAUUGCAGCUAUGUUCCAGAACAGAGUUACUAGAAGAAUUAUCCAGAAUUCACUCCUGGACAUUUGGAAAAUGUGAGCUAUUACAUUGGGCACAAAUUCUUGAUGUGUUCGACAGAAUCUUAGGACAGGCAGCUGAAAGGAAUGAUGAAAAUAAAUGGAUUCUUAAGUGUGAUACUUAUGAUGAAGAGGAUUUUCAACUUUUAAUCCAUAUUCUUCGAUUCACGAGUCUCUUAAUAGAGCACUCUUUUUCCCGACAUUUGUACAAUUCUAUGGAGCACUUAUUAGUCCUACUCGAGUCGAAUGAUAUGUCCGUUGUCUUGGAAGUAUUAAAUCUGUUAUAUAUGUUUUCGAAACGAAGCAACUUUAUCACCCGCUUGAAGCCGGAUGAAAAGGAAUGUUUAUUAUCAAGACUUCAGUAUCUGUCAGAGAAUUGGGGUGGCAAAGAGAACGGAUUUGGUCUAGCGGAUUGCUGUGAUGCUGAAAAAGAAAUUCCUCCGUCAGCUACAACUUUGCAUGUAGAAUUUCAUAAAGAAGAUGACCAAAAUUCUCCCAAAAAAGAAGCAAAAGGUACCGAUCCAAAAACUGGGAAGCCUAAUUUGCACAUUAUUCAUAUUGAACACAUUGACAAGCUACAUAAGACUCCAGCUGAAAUUAUGAGACAGCUUGUUUCAAUGUACUACAUACCACCUGAAAAAGAAAUGUGGCUUUUUACUCAUGUGAGAUUGGCUACACAUUUUGCAGACUACCGAAAUAGGCUAAAAAGUGUACAGGCUAGAUUACAGGCUCUGUCUGUUAUGGUCUAUUCAAACAGCAUCGAAGAUUCUCCCUCGAAUUUACUAUACAACGGUUUAUUAGAAGAGCUAGUUGAAGUUGUCGAAUUACAAGAUUCACAAUUAACAGAUAUACGAUGCGCCGCGUUAAGGACACUCACAGCCAUUAUACAUUUGGAUAGAAAUCCACAUAUUCCAAACAGAAGAACUGGGUCAAGACUAAAUAGCAUUAUAGAUGUGACAGGAGCAAGUCAGUAUCACGGAUUUUUACCAGUCUUAGUUAGGAACUGCAUAUCUUCUCUAACGAACCAAAUCGAUUUUGGACAAAGUGCUUUUAAGAAAAUGAAACUUCAAGACGAAGUUUCAACGAUUUUAAUAGAUGACUCUAGCUGUGAUUCAGCAAAAACUUCUGUGUCUGUUAACACCCAAGACAGCAUCAAUAAAUUUUUUGAACCUUGUUUGAUGGACUUCGACGUAGAAGUACCCGCCCAACGGCAGUUGUCGUUUAUAGAUACCAAAUUUCCCGUCAGUUUAACAACUGCUCUAUUCUCGUUUUUAUAUCAUUUGGCUAGCUAUGAAGCUGGAGGUGAAUCGUUGGUUUCUUGUGGAAUGAUGGAAUCUCUCUUACAAGUUAUUAAUUGGCAAGGAUUUGAACUUGAUCACAUUACAUUUGUGACUCGUGCUGUCCGUGUAAUUGAUUUAAUAACUAACAUUGAUAUGGCAGCAUUUCAAAACCAUGGAGGUUUACAUAGUUUUAUCAACAGAUUGGAUACUGAAGUGAAUUUUUGUAAAAAAGACCAGUUAUACCAAAUUAAGACUAACAGCACCGAACAAGCGUUUGAAGAAAACACUCCUGGUACAUCUGCAAGUACAGCAGAAAAAGAUGAAGAAAAUACAACUAUAGAUCUUGAUUAUAAAGCUGAAAAUGCAGGAAAGACUUGUCUACCUCAACGUGCAGCUUUGUUAAAAUCCAUGCUGAACUUUCUUAAAAAGGCUUUCCAAGAUUCGACUUUCGCUGAAAGCAUAAGACAUUUAAUGGAAGGAACUCUGCCAAAUUCUCUUAAAAAUAUUAUCGCCAAUGCUGAAUAUUACGGUCCGUCCCUGUUUCUACUAGCUACAGAUGUAGUUACAGUAUAUGUUUAUCAAGAACCAGCUUUGCUGUCUGCGUUACAAGACAAUGGAUUAACAGAUGUGGUGCUCCAUUCUCUUCUAGUCAAGGAAGUGCCUGCUACCCGGGAAGUAUUGGGUUCUCUUCCAAACGUUUUCAGCGCUUUAUGUCUAAAUAACAGAGGAUUAGAAUCUUUUGCUAAAUUUAAACCAUUUGAGAAGCUUUUCAAUAUAUUACUAUCACCCAAUUACUUGCCAGCUAUGCGAAGAAGAAGAAGUUCAGAACCAACUGCAGAUACUGCUUGCAAUUUGGGUAACGCAAUGGAUGAACUCAUGAGACACCAACCAAGUUUGCGACAAGAUGCUACUUUAGCCAUUAUAAAAUUGUUGGAAGAAUUGGUUCAUCUAGGAACUGAUCCGAAAUACGUUUGUUGGAGGCCCCACAGUAAAUCAGAAAUGUCCCGAUCAACGACAUCUAGAUCUAAUAGGAACACUGAAGGUUCUUCUGAUGAAGAAGAAGAUGACGAAGAGGAAACGUCUACCUCAUCUCAAAACGCCCAAUCAGAGAGCCAAGCUCAAGCUAAUAGUGAACGUACACCUAUAGCUCUCAUAGAUUAUAUUCUGAAUGCUAUGAAGUUUAUAGAUGCUAUAUUAAGUAAUAACUCUACUGAUGAUCAUUGCAAAGAAUUUGUCGAGAAAGGUGGUUUAGUACCGCUAUUGAAAAUUUUGGGACUUCCGAAUUUACCUGUGGAUUGUCCAGUAACGAACCCAGCUCAAGCAGUUGCUUCUGUUUGCAAAAGCAUCCUGAACCUAGCACAGGAACCAUUCUUGUUCUCACAAGGACUUUCUCAAUUAGCUGGAGUCAUAGAGUCACUAAAACCUCUCUAUGCUAAACAAGAAGUACCAGGAGGGUCCAAAUUGCUUCUUGAAUUAGCCAAUGCUACUGAUAUAGAAACGGCUUUCAGUACAGCUUCGGCAACUCCACUCUUGCACGCCAUGGGUGCCGCUCACGGAUACGUUAUCAUGUUUGUCCACAUUUGCCGCACUGGUCAAACUGAUAUAAGGAAUCUUUCUUUACAACAUUGGGGCUCUGAUGAGGGACUAAAAGUGCUAAAAGGACUAGCAGAUUUGUACACAUCCUUAGUUUGGGAAAGCACUCUUCUAUUGGCCUACUGCAGCGAUGAUUUGCUGCCGUCCGAUUGUGAUUUUACCAGAGAAGAUAUCGAAAAACUUAAUGCGUUCUUUGACAGGUGUGAGGGAAAUUCCACAUCAGAUACAGGAGGAACUGCAACAAUCGACGUAUUAGGUCCCAACAACCAUAUUUCCAUGAUGGAUAUCGAUGGUGAAUCCAGUUCUAAUACAAACAAACCAGAUCGUAAUCUGAAAUAUAUCAAACCCCUAUUAGGCGCUUCAUCUAGGCUUGGCAGAGCUCUAGCCGAACUUUUUGGAUUGCUUGUCAAACUCUGCGUUGGCUCUCCUAUACGUCAAAGACGAGGCCAAAACAUCGUGGCUGCACCUCCAAUGCCGUCACCUUAUGCUAGAAAUGUGGCAACAGCGUUAAAUGUACUGCUUGCUGAAGGAUUGGACUGCGACAAACUUCCUCCGUGUCCUACAGCUAAAUGCAGAUUAACCUUUUUGAUAUGCAGCGUCGGUUUUACCAGUCCUAUGCUUUUUGACGAAAGGCGGUACCCUUACCAUCUUAUGUUAAAAAAGUUUGUUAGUCUUGGUGGCCAAGCUAUAUUUUUCAAAACUUUUAAAUGGGCCCUGACUGCUGGAAAUGUACAUUCUAUUAACGAAAUCGAAUAUUCCAACCUCCCAGAAGGCACUGUUGGAUUUUUGGACGCCUGGUUAACUCUCUUGGAGAAGAUGGUCAAUCCAAAAGCCAUUUUAGAAUCUCCUCACAUCAUUUCUAGUCGUCCCUCUCAUACAUACAGCUUCGAUCCUUUGAAAUAUUUAAUACAGAUUCACAGAUUAGCUUUUGAAAGUGUCAUGCUGCUGUGGGGCAAGACACCUUUAGUAGCGUACGGUGCUAGAACAACUGAAACACUCUUGACAAUUCUCAGACAUAUAUUCAGAGGAGAAAAGAUAAUCAAAGAAAAAAUGAAAGCUGAUGAAAAUAAAACAGAUACUUCUUCUACUAGUUCAACAAAUGGCGGGGCUGGCUCAUCUAGUGGCGGGUCUCAAUUCAGAGAUUUGGACGAUAAUUUGAGACAGUUGGUAGAUAUGGGCUUCUCUAGAGAACAUGCAAUUGAAGCGUUAUUACAUUCACAUACUUUGGAACAAGCAACUGAUUAUUUACUGUCCAAUCCUCCACAACUAUCCAGACCAGGAGGUUCUUCAAUGGAGGUAGACGCCGAAGACGAUCAAGUACUACAAGCUAUUGCUAUUUCAUUGGGAUGUAACACAACACCUGGAGCAGAUGCCAAAAAAGAAAGUCCCGAAGAGCAAGAUCAGUCUUUCGAAACUAUGAUUAAUGAAUUUACUCAUCAUGCUUUAGACGUGUGUUUAAAACUUCUAGAAGUUAUACCUGAAACAGUUCAUAAAGUAUGCGAACUUCUAGUAACCAUAAUGAAAAGAAAUGGUCGUACAUAUAGGGAUACUCUCUUAGACACAUUAAUAUCCAAAAUUGUGGAAUGUUCCGCGUCUAUUUCUUACUGCGCGUUCCAAGGAGAACCGAAUGUGAUGACCUACUUUUCUUUGGCUGAAUCUGAGCAGUCCAAACGAUUGACUAACUAUAUUCAUCUAUACAUACUAUUUUUUGAAGUAUCGUCAUAUUUUGAAAUGAAAAUUCCAUGCGCUUAUGCACUUAAUCGAGCAGGCAUGGUUGUACCAUUAAUUGAUCUGGUAUGCAACACUAUCAGCGUGAUAGUAGAUUUACAACCAAGCUAUGAACCAAAAUGGUUGGCGCCAUGCUUUUUAUUGUUAGAUGCUGUAUCUAAAGUAUCGACUUGCACUGAAAGAAAAGUUGAUAUGCAUAUAGCAACCAACCGCGUUUGGAGAUGGUACGAUUUAGCCGCCGGUAGGUGGUCUCAUUACUCCAAUUCCAACAAUAGAUUGAUAAAUGAAGCUUACUGGAACGGGGAACAGAGCAAAAGAGUGACUUGCGGCCGAAAGAGAUACACCAUGACUUUCGCCAAUAUGUUGCAAAUGAAUGAUGAAACUGGAAAUAACCGACCCCUUUCUAUGACUCUAAUGACACUAACGCAUCCCAGUUGCACGGAUAUUAACGGUCCAGAUAUUGAAGAACCGCUUGUGUCAGUACUUACAGAAAAAGAGGAACUUAGAUGUUUACCUGUCCUUGGAUUGACUUUUCUACAAAAAAGGAAUAUUGUAAAAGCCUGUGUGCAGCUUAUGCAUCUUCCAAUUGAAAAGAAUUUAUUACAUUCUGUACUGCAAAUAUGUGUACGAUUCACCAGAGAUUUUCAAAUUGCUAAAGUAUUUGUUGAACAAGGGGGAGUUAAAUGUCUUUUGAGGAUGAGACAAAUAAACGAUUUUGGAGGCUUCGGGAUUCUAGCCACUAUUUUAAUUCGCCACGCUUUAGAAGAGCCUAACACAUUGAAAUAUGCAAUGGAAAAAGUUAUUAGAGGAAGAACCCUAGCUACAAUUCCUCCUCCUUACAAAGACCUAGUUUACUUGACCAGACAAAUAGGCGGGGCCGUUACCCGUGAACCAGAAGCGUUCUUUGAAGUCGCUAACUCAAUAGUCAAAGUUGAUACUUCAGCUGCUAAAGGGGAGGCACCUGUAACGUGCUUACCACUAAAAGUAGAUCCACCAGCUCGUACCAAAGCACCUCCCUUGGAGGAACCUAUUUCUAUCGAAGUAAUUUCUGAUUUAUUAGAUGCUCUUUUGAAACCACUAGAAGACGAUAGAACUCCCGCUGAUGGUGCCGAAAUAGAUGCAGAACCUGAACCAAAUGUGAACGUCGAAGAACUCCCUUCAACAAGCACUCAAACUUUUGAAAAGAAUGAUACUACCGCUGAAGAUAAUGUUAAUAAUAAAAAGAAUGAAAUGACUACCAAAAAACCGAUGUUGCCAAAAUCUGUUAUUCUAAAGAUCUUAGCAGAUGCAGUUGUAUCUUUUGGACCUAUAGCUAAGUUGAUUACUGAAUAUAAAUAUAAGCCCGAUGAUUCUGGUAUUAUAGUUGAAGAUACAUCAGCUCUGGCUUUUAUUUUUGAUAAAAUUUUAACUGGAACGGACAAUAUUUCCGAUUUGGAUUGUGCUACGAUGUGCAGGAUGUUAAUUGCAGCAUUGGCUUCGUCAAAUCAUUCCCCAGAAGCUCAAAUCACUUUGGUUUCUGAGGUGAAAGUAGCGUUAACUAGAGCACUUAACUUACCAGAGUCUUUAAAGAAACAUAGUCAAGUUCAGAAUAUAUGUGGAAUCAUUUCAAACAUGAUAGACAAUUGUCCCUUGCCCCAUGCUAACAGAUGGACCAGCUGCAGCAUUAAUAACAUAGUGAAACUGAUGAUGAGACGUGGAGUUUUUAACGAUUUAGCUAAAAUCACUCACUAUCUAGAUUUAUCUUCACCAAACACAUCUUUUACUGCUAAUGCAGCUUUGAAGCCUUUAGAAUCAUUGUCUAGGACAAUUAAUCAACCCGCGACUACAAACUACAACAGCAAAUCUAGGAAAAAUCAGCAAACCACCGAUGAUGCUUCUACAGCUACACAAAGUGGUACUUCUACCGAGGCAAACGCGCAUGGCGAAGAAAUCGAAGAUUCAGAAAAUGCAGAUAAUGAUAUUGCCCGUGUUGUGACUUCCAGUCCUAUAGAAAAUAAUACUGUAGGAAGUGGUGAACUUGAUAAUGCCCUAGAAGAGAUGAUGGAACAUAUUUUGGAUCACAGAAAUAACGAUAAUAACCAAGGAUACAACGAUGUAACUAAUGCUAGAGGUGCUACUAUGGAUAUCGAUGAGGAAUGCCCCAUUGGUUAUGAACAUGAAAGAGAUGCAACGGAAGAAUUGAUGAGCACCGAUUCUGGCGAAUCAGAUUCAAAUCCUUCUGAUCAAGUGGAUGAUGAAGGUAACGAUGAUAACGAAGGAGACGACGAUACAGAAGAAAAUGAAGAUAACAAUUAUGAUGAAGAUGAUACCAAUGAACGAGACAGGCGAAGAGGUUCUGUGUUAGAAGGAAGUUCUGGUAUGUUUAGAAUUGCAACUACAAAUAGGGAUGAAGAUAUUUUAAUGAUUCAAUACGAUGCCGAUAUCGACAAUGCUUUACCAAGGAUGAUUCGUUGGAAUGAAAAUGGGUAUGCAGUGCCAAUUUUAGAUGAAAACAAUCCCAAUGAUCAUACAGCUAUUACUCACCCGUUGCUCAUGUCACGCAAUAAUUUGGAUACCAAUCAACAUGCAGUAAGUAGGAACCAAAGAGCUAAUCGUCCCAGAAGAUAUCAAUAUCUAUUUAGCCCGAGAAAUCCCAAUCCUCCCGUUAUUUUACAAAGGCUCUUGGGACCACAUGAUCCUCACAUGGCUAAUAUGAUGUCUGCUAACAAUCUCUUAAGCGGUCCAACGGAAAUCCGCGAAUCUGCACGAGUUGUAGUUAUGGACAACUUUGGCAUAAUUCCUUCAAAUGAAGAACCAAUCGAUUUCGUUGAUCAAUCAGGAUAUCUUUUUGGACCCAGCUUAGCAGCAACCCUUAGCCACGUCCCGCCGGUUUUACAUUGGUGGAAUAUUGAAUCGAAAUUGCUGGAUUUAGAAUCUGUGUAUGAUUGCACCACUUUUGUGUGCAAUAAGUUGGUACCAAACCUAAUCAAAUUCAGAAAUGAAGAACUUCGAAACAAGAAGGCCAAGGAAGAUGAAGAAGACACUACAAAGAAACGUAAACAGCAAAAAAGUGAUCCAGAAGUUCAAGAUGACUACAGUCAAGAAACAGUUCUUUUCAAUUAUGACGAUCUGAGUAACACUAUUAUCGAAAAUGAGACUGUUACUGAGCAAAAUAAAGAAACUGCUGAGGAAGACAUUGACGGUGUUCCUUUGGCCACAACGGAAACAGCUGAGACCACUGAAGAACCUAAUAGCAGAGAAGAAGGGGAAGAAGAUAUAGAUGGUAUUCCUCUAGAAAACUCUGACACUUCCAAUGACAGAUCAGAGAGUAACACACAGAAUGAAGACAUUAUCCUCUCUCCACUUCAACUUAGUUUUGUUAGAGGAUCAAAUGAGAAUUCUCAGAGCAGCCUAUCAGAAACCACUCAGAAUGCAGCGGUACAAACAACAGGUACCUCAGAAAAUUUAACAAGAAAUACAGAUGACUCAAAUAGUCGUGCUGAGUCUGAAAUAAGAACAGAAAGUGAUUCUUCAAAUCCUUUUGAACUAUCACUUCCAGCUUACAUCGGUUCUAGAUGCAAUAUAUUAUUCGCCCGGCCUUCUAGUUCUCCUGAUAGAGCCGAUGCUGAUGACGACUCUGAAUUGAGCGAAACGGCACGGAAUGAACUUUUGAGUAGUAUUACAACAGCAAAUCCUCUACGAUCUAUUUUUGACAUUGAUGUCAUAUCUGCGCAAACGAUUGAACAAACUGUAAAUAUUAGACGGGAACUUGAUGCGCUCGAAACCAGAAAUAGACGUGAACCACGCGGUUCAUCCUCCAAUUCUUCUGACGCCACUGAUGCAACAUCUGGAGAUGGAGCACCCCCUCAAUCUGUAAUUACAACUCCUGUGCCUACAACACCUGCGCCUGCUUCAGAGCCUAGUGCAGAAUCAGCUCAAAGCAGUUCUAAUAACGAACCGCCGCCAGAAUCAUCAUCUGUCACUUUGCCUCCAGCAGAAGCAGCCUCGAUUGAAGCUGGUCCAAGUAACGCCAAUAAUGACGAAGAAAUCCCUGAAGGUGUUGAUCCUUCGUUCUUGGAAGCCUUACCACCUGAGAUGCGAAGAGAGGUUUUAGAACAACAUCGAAUUCUGUGUCUUCAACAACGGAUUGCUGCCAGUGCUGCAAAUGCAAGUGCUAAUGUGGCUACGAGUAAUGCUGCUACAGCUAAUAAUGGAGAGCAGCAACCUCGACAACCACAACAACCACAGCAGCAACAACAGCAACAACAGCAGCAACAGCAGCCAGAACAACCAGCUACCUCCAAUGAAGUUAGUCCCGAAUUCUUAGCAGCACUUCCUCCAGCACUGCAGGAAGAAGUUUUGACACAACAAAGGUUAGAGCAACAACGCCAGGCCGCUUCGAGGGCCAAUCCAAAUGAACCUGUCGACGCAGGAGCGUUUUUCGAAACUCUACAACCUUCACUCAGAACGAUGAUAUUGUCCGAUAUGGAAGACUCACAGAUGUCAGCACUACCUCCAGAUUUAGCAGCGGAAGCUCAGAAUUUGCGCAGAGAUUGGUAUGCAAGGAACAGACAGAUGGCACAAGAAAGAUUUAUGCAAAGCAAUUUGACAGCCAUUUAUCGAAAUUCUCGAGGCCGACGACAGCCGUACAGAUCUAAUAAUUUCCCAAGAGCUAGUUGGGCUCAAUUCGGCAGAGAAUUCAUGAGCAACGUCCUAUCCAGUUCGAUACCAGUUAAAGUGAUAAAGGGACGUCAGUUGUUAGACCACGAAGGCCUAGCAUGUUUGCUAGUUUUGUUAUUUACCGACGACGCACACCUAAACAAACUCAGAUUGCAUCGAGUAAUAAGAAAUUUAUGUUACCAUGCUCCUACCAGAGAAUGGAUUAUCAACGCGUUACUUUCUAUUAUAGAAAAAAGCGUUAGUACGCACCCAGACGAAAGUUUGAAUAAGCCUUCUAGAAAAGGUCCAAGGCCUGGACCUUUGACCAGUAAGCUCUUAACGGACGCUAAAUAUUUACAAAACGGUGGCCACUGGCUAACGAUACGGAUGGAAGCAGCGCUAGGCUGUGCUGCUAAUGUAUUUAUUGUUAAUAAAACUAUGGGUAAAAAAUGCGAUAAGACAAAUGGGUCUGCUGCUAUAAGCAUCCAUCCUCAAGCUGCUCCAACAGUAUGCCGAAAUACUCUCGAUUUAUUUACAUCGUUAGCAAAAGCUUUCCCUGCUUGCCUAUUACCUAUUAAAUCUAUCAGAGAUGAGACUGAUAAGGCAACAAUAACUCCAGUGAAAGUCAGAAGCGAUGCAUCCUCAGAUUUCUGGGACGUCCUUCUCCGCUUGGAUUCUGCAACCAAAAAAGGCAAGAGCAUACAGAAAAAUACCGUACCUACUGCUAGCUCUGACACAGAGGGUCCUGUAAAAUUCGAACAGACCGUGUUUGGAAAACUGCUUAACAUGUUGGCUUCUCCAAUAGUACACAGAAAUACACAGUUAACAGAUAAUUUAUUAAAAUUGUUAUCAGUUACCACAUCUGGAAUGCCCGAAUUAGUAAAACCUACAAAACCUACCAAAAGCAACUUACAUUGGCCUAACUUUGAUGAUCCACCUCAGGAUGCCUUAAAUCUGGCAAUCAAUGUCAUCACUUACAAAAAUUGUUCUGAAGAAGGCCUAGAAUUCAUAACGAAUUUACUUCUUAAUCUAGCCAAUGCAUCCCUUCAAAUGAACUUCUUGAUAUUCAAUCUUCUGAUCGACGGUGCCAUCGAAAUUGGCAACAUUGUGGAAAAUCAAAUCAAAAGUAUGUUGAAAGACUUGAGAGAUCUGAUCAACACUACGCAGAAGAGAAAACUAGAAGAAGGCCCGUCCACGUCGAAGGGGAUCAUCUACAAUAGAUUUACCAAUGAACAGGUUGUCGUAACCGCUUCAGCCAAAGUAAAAGCUUCUUGCGAACUCCAGUUACCCUCUAUGGUUCCCUUAACGUCAAAGUCAUCGAGCCAAGUAUUUUUCCUUCGCGUUUUAAGAGUCAUCGUGCAAAUUAGAAAUUCGAUCAAGCAGACUGUUAAGCGAGCAGGAUAUACAAGCAGUGAACUUCCUUCAUUAAGCGACCAAAUGGGCAGCUUAAGCAGUUUCUGGGAAACCCUAAGUCAAUGUUUAUCCGAAUUAGAACACGCGCCCGAUCAUCAUGCCGUCCUUGUUCUACAGCCCGCUGUAGAAGCAUUCUUCCUGGUGCAUUCUCCGCAACAAGCUGCGACUACUACACCGUUCGAAGUAGAAGCCAAUGCGCCGCCAGCGGCGGAAGGGGAACCGACGACCCAGGAGAGUACCGAGGCUCAACCUAAUGCCCCGCCUACGGAAACUCCAAAUCCUGCUCCAGCUCCUCUUCCAGUUAGGGCUGCUGCAGCUGCUGCGACUGCCGCGACCGCUGCGACUGCUGCUAUCGCCGCGACUGCUACGACCGCCGCGACUGCUGCGACCGGCGUUAUUGCUGCCACUGCUACACCCGCCGCUACUGCUGCCACUGCUACACCCGCCGCUACUGCUGCGACUGCUGCAACCGCCGCGACUGCUGCGAUCGCUGAGCAAUCUCCGCGACCGGCUAGCGAAGCAACCACCUCCGAUUCUGAUAAGUUUUCAGAGUCUUCUGGGAAAGCCAGCGUUACACCUGAGCAGACGCAGUUCUUGGCUUUCGCUGAGAAACAUCGUACAGUUCUCAAUCAAAUUCUGAGGCAAAGCACUGCCCAUUUGGCGGACGGUCCUUUCGCCGUGCUUGUAGACCAUACUAGAAUUUUGGACUUUGAUAUUAAACGGAGAUAUUUCAGAACUGAACUCGAAAGAUUGGAUCAUGGAACUAGACGCGAGGAGACUGCUGUCCAUGUUAGAAGGAGCAACAUAUUUGAAGAUUCGUUCAGGGAGUUGUUUAGAAGGCCUCCAGAAGAGUGGAAAAACCGAUUCUAUAUUGUUUUCGAAGAUGAGGAAGGACAAGAUGCGGGUGGUCUUUUGAGAGAAUGGUACGUUAUAAUAUCGAGGGAUAUAUUCAAUCCUAUGUACGCGUUAUUUACUGUAUCGCCUGGUGACAGGGUAACGUAUAUGAUCAACUCGGCCAGUCAUUAUAACUCAAAUCAUCUUUGCUAUUACAAAUUUGUUGGGCGAGUAAUUGCUAAAGCUAUUUAUGAUAACAAGCUUCUAGAAUGCUAUUUCACACGUUCAUUUUACAAACAUAUACUGGGGAUUUCCGUGAAAUAUACUGAUAUGGAGAGCGAGGAUUACAGCUUCUACAGAGGACUAGUUUAUCUCAUGGAGAACAACAUAAAUAAUUUAGGAUUGGAUUUGACGUUUAGUACUGAAAUUAGCGAAUUUGGUGUCACCGAAACAAGAGAUUUAAUACCAAAUGGUAGACACUUCCCAGUAACUGAGGAAAAUAAAAUGGAGUAUGUCAGACUUGUGUGCCAGAUGAAAAUGACAGGCGCUAUUAAACAACAAUUAAAUUCCUUUUUGGAGGGUUUCUACGAUAUUAUACCUAUGCGUUUGAUUUCUAUAUUUAAUGAACAAGAAUUAGAAUUACUAAUAUCAGGAUUACCCAACGUAGAUAUAGACGAUUUGAAAGCCAAUACCGAAUAUCAUAAAUACCAGACGAAUUCGUUACAGAUUCAGUGGUUCUGGCGAGCUUUAAGAUCUUUUGAUCAGGCAGACCGCGCUAAAUUCUUGCAGUUUGUAACGGGAACUUCUAAAGUACCUUUACAGGGUUUCGGAGCACUCGAAGGCAUGAACGGUGUUCAAAAAUUCCAAAUUCAUAGAGACGAUCGGUCCACGGACAGGUUACCAUCAGCUCAUACCUGUUUUAACCAAUUGGACCUACCUGUGUAUGAGACAUACGACAAGCUGCGUGCUUAUUUGCUGAAGGCGAUCCAUGAGUGUUCCGAGGGUUUUGGCUUUGCUUAAAUAAUCCUUUGAUGUUUAAGACUGAUGUGUUAAUUGCUGUUUAUAUCACAUAGUAGACUAGAUUUUGAUGUAAAUAAACGUAUUCUAAAUGUUAAGUGUACAGACUACUAUAUUGGUGUAAAAAAAUUAUUUUUAAUUUUUCUAUAUGCUACAAUUCGUUUAAUUAUGGGUUACAUGCUUGAGUUUAUUACGUUUUUUUUUUGUAAAUUAUUGAUAGGAAGGCACAUGUAUUUUUGUAAAGGGCCUCAAGGCAAUUCGAGUGUGAUAAAAUGAAUUUGAUAGUCAGAUUCAAAAUAGAUUUACUAUUUAAUGUUUUAUUUAAGUCUUGUUAUGUGUUACUACGACCAUCCUCUUUUGUACAUUUGAGUCUGUUACUCCUUACAUAUUUUUUAUUUUUAAUCUUAUUUCUGGCAAAUAUAAUAGUCAAAAUGUAACUGAGAUUUGUGAUUAUAAAAUAAAUGUUUUUCUCAAGCA